AUGCGUCGGAGACUUCUAUCUGAGUCCCAAGUUGAUAAGGAAUACUUUAACUCCCUGAUUGAACAACAAAAAGUUGAUGACAUCACGAUUGGUGUUUUCUAUCGAUCUCGUACAUUGACCGUACUAGUUAUCAUCUGGUUGUGUUUGGCUUACUUCGCUUUUUCAAGGUCCCCUACACAACCACUGCAGUAUAAUUUAUAUCAUGCAUUUAUGGCUGUAUGUGUUAUAUUUUUACUGAUAUCGGUGAUGAUAAUGCCUAAUGGCCCAUUUAUUCGACCACAUCCAGCCCUAUGGAGGAUGGUUUUUGGUGCUAGUUUACUAUAUUUUUUAUGUUUAGUUGCAGUCGUGUUUCUUCGUCUAGAUGAAGCUCGCGCCAUUUUGAUUUGGGUAUAUCCUGAACUGAAACAUAUGCGUCACUCUGAUAUUCUUGAUAAAGAGUAUGCCGUUAAUUGUAGUCAGAUAUCACUUGCUCGAGUUUAUUCUCAUAUGGAUAUCUUUGCAUUGGCACAUUUUCUUGGUUGGCUUAUUAAAGCAACUCUAUUAAGACAUCAUAUUAUUGCGUGGACUUUGUCGAUCAAUUGGGAAAUAACCGAAGUAGCUUUUUCACAUAUUCUACCAAAUUUCAAUGAAUGUUGGUGGGAUAGUCUCAUCUUAGAUAUAUUAGUCUGUAAUGGUUUAGGUAUACAAUGUGGUAUGUGGUUAUGUCGUUGGUUAGAAAUGCGUGAUUAUCAAUGGGAUUCCAUUCGUAAUAUACCAAGUGCACGUGGUAAAUUAAAACGUGCAUUUUACAGUUCACACCACGCAGUCUGGCAAUUGGCUGAAUUGAAUUCAUUCUUUUUAAAGCAUAUAUUUAUUGUUAAACCAAGUCAUAUUUUAACACAAUUACGCCUACUUUUAAUUACAUGUAUAUCGGCACCAGCUAUAAGACAAUACUACUUAUACGUCAUUGAUCCACAUAUCAAACGUGUUGGAUCUCAACUAUGGCUUUUUAUUGCAAUAAUUCUUACUGAGUUAUUAGUUUGCUUAAAAUUGGGUAGUGAAAUAUUUGAAAAUACGGUCUUCUGGAAUCUCAUUUACUGGGGUAUAUGGAUGGUAUUCAGUUCCUUUUUAACUGUAUGGAUUGGUCGAUAUUUGGCGAAUGGUCAUUCGUCUAAAAGGUUACCAUCGUUGUCAUCAGAUAAUCAGGAGAAUAUCAAUCAAUCAUCGUGUAUGAAUUCGAAGGAGAAUUCUAAAAAUAAUAAUAAUAAUAAUAACUUAGAUAAUAAAUCACGUCAAGUGACCAUAUCAGAUGAUGUCAUCACAUUUGAUAGAUUAUCACAAACAAGUACAACCCAUUUAUCAUCGUUUUCGUCAUCGAUAUCAUCAUCAAUGACCAAUAUUUCUAAUCAUGUUAAAAUCGAAUAA